AUGGGGUUAAACAACUUUCCCGAAGAAGUCAUAGAGAUAAUUCUCAUAUUGGUAAAUGACGAGCAGACACUCUUACUCGCCCAACGAGUCUGUCGACGCUGGGCCCGUUGCAUCCAAGACUCCCAAGCACUCCAGCAAGCCCUAUUCUACCAGCCUAUAAAAUCCACUCUCCCAAGGACAACCACCCCACGACGAAAUCCCUUACUAGCAGCGAAGUUUCCAUACUGGUUCCCCAAUGAUAAUCAGAUACCUCGGGAUAUUUUAUUUGGGGCUGGGGACAUGCAAGAGUUUCUAGACAAACAUGCCGCAUGGCUCCAUCCAAGCGCAAGUUGGCGCCGAAUGCUGGUCCAACAGCCCCCGGCAAUGUCGAUGGGCUGGGUAGACCGCCAAGAGAGCUCUAUCCACAAUAUAACUCUGCGCCGGUGGGAACUUUCACUGGAAGAGUAUGGCGGGCUUCGUAUGAACAUGAUUUACGACCUGGUUGUCAAAUCCUCGGACCAGGCGGCAAAGUUCUUUUACUGGAGGAUGUAUUGGAGCCACCCUGGCCUCAAAAAGUCUCACAUCAGGUGCAAUCCAGAUAUGCAGAGCGACAGGCCAGACGAAUACCUUGAAGCGAUGAUGUCGGCCAAUGCACAGACGGAUAUCGUACUUGAAACGUGGAACACUAAUGAUCUUCGACCUCAUCUUUGGUCAACAUUUGCUAAGGAUACGUGGACGUGGGACUUGAUACGAGGACUUCAAUCGCCGAUGGAAGAUGUGAAUCUUGAUGUGGUCUAUGCGCUGAGAAAACAUAAGGAGCUGCGGAGAUGGCAAAUAAAUGUGCAGAGCUGGGAUCUGGUCGAAAUGUACCGGGAUGGAUAUGGAUACCCUCUUCUGGAUGACAUUGAUCCAGAUCUGUGA